GGUUUGUCACGUGAUCAACAAACCAUCUGUUUCGUUGUUGAUUUGGAGUCUGGGCCGACUUUCAGAACAAGGGGCGUUCGCCAUAUAUUUGCAAGUAUUGGAAGUGUAUUGGUGAACAAAUACUUGCUGAAGUUCUACUCCGCCAUGGGAAACUGUCAUACUGUUGGACCAAAUGAAGCCUUAGUUCGUUCAGGUAAAGUUAUUUUUGCAUGAUUUCUUUCUGCGUCAUGGCGAACGAUGCGUGACAAGUGAAGGUUGUAACCAACAAAUAUUGAUCUCAAUUCGUACUCUUUUUGAGCUACAAUUUUAGUAUUUUCCAGCAAAAAUCACGGAUACUUAAUGAUUAUUUAGGUAUUGGAAUCCGGUACGAGAUUAUAAAUAAUUAUUCUGUGGAAGAUAGAAGUGCCUCUGACUCUGUGUAACUUCACUCCAAUCGUGAUACAAACAAGGAUAUUCCGCAUUCUAAUCAUGUUGCAUACAACUCAUGAUUUUCAGGUGGCUGUUGUGGUAAUGAUGCAAAGAAAACCGUUAUUGGGGGUUGGGUAUGGGCUUGGUGGCUUGUCACAGACGUUCAGUCGUAAGUAUGAGUAAAAAUUGGUCUAGUUUUGAGAUCAGAGCGUGUGAUCUUCUCUCCUAUAGAUAAUUGUCUUCCCGUUGAAAACAGGUGCCAAGCAUUAUGCGAAAUAUACUGCACUUGGACAGUUUCUGACAAAGCAGAAUGGUUAUAUCGGAAUUGGAUGAUCCAGAAAUCAUGUAGAAAUAAAACUUACAAAGCUUUACUUGGCUUCUGUAAAACUAUACCUCUUAUACCUAUGUUUGUGUACAAAAUGUCACCGGCUCUUUGUCUGGAUUUUAAUUUUUUGCUGACUUUUCGUUUUGCUUUCACUUAAUGUCAUCGCUUUCAAAAGCGUUGAAAUUUCCGAUAGAAAUAUUUGUAUUAACUUAUUUAGUGGAAAAUGGAAAUUUCAUGUUUUUGAUUUAAAUGUAAUAUUUGUUACCUAUGACUACUAUUCACGGUCUUACGAUCGUGCUAAAAAUAGUCUUCAUAUUUGUAAAUCUGUUUAUAUCGUGACCUGAUAAAAUGUUCCCCUCUCUUAUUAACUUCUUUACGCGUUUCAGUCAUGUAUUUUAGGUAAAUAUCUUGUCCAGAAUUAUUUUUCACCGAUUUUGAAUUUUUGUUUUAAAAUCCCUACUAAAGAAAUAUAAUUUGAUUCUUGGUUACCAUAAGUUUAUUUUGAAUGAUUUUGGAUAUUGUUUGAGGCAGAGUCAUAUCUGCAAUGUUAACUUGUUAUCAAAGUAUUAAAAGUACAAUUUAGAAUAACUAGCUUGGUGCAAGAAAAUCUUCCGAAGACUUUAAAAGAAAUUUGUGACUAUCUAGUGCCUUUCAACUUUUUGUAAAGUGGUAGAAAAUUAUGGCUAAACAGCCUUCAAAAACUUGUAGCUCAAAAGUUGUUGGAUGAUUUUAGAUUUUGUCAGUUUUUUUUAACAGUGAUUUUCUUUAAUAGCAUAACAUUGGAGGUGAUGACUCUCAACCCAAGAUGUGAAAAGGUGGAGACAGCGCAGGGUGUUGCUGUGACUGUGACAGGUGUUGCUCAAGUAAAAGUCAUGACAGAACCCGAACUUCUCAAGACAGCCUGUGAACAGUUUCUGGGAAGAACAACCAGCCAAAUUGAAAACAUUAUCCUUCAAACACUGGAGGGACAUCUCCGAGCCAUUCUUGGUACUUUGUCUGUGGAGGAGAUUUACAAAGGUAUGAGGCCAAAUUUUUUUUACUGACAGAGUGUAAACUUGGUCUUUCCUUAGGUCUGAUUAAGAGACCUUGAAGUGGUUACAGAAAAUCUUGGGGUGUUACAGUGAUGUAUUGUGCUGUGUAUCGUUUAGGUUUAGAGUAUUUCAAGGAUGAUCUCUCUUUCAAAUUAAUUACCCUCAGACUUUCAGACAUUACAAUGUGUCACACUGUAGUUACAUCUACCAAAGAUACAGAUGAUGAAAAUACAGAGAAAAAAUAUUAUUAUGGGAUAUAGCCUUGAUACAUUGUCAAAUUCUCAAAGCUAAGGUACAAGCUGUGUAUGGCAACCAGUAAGGAGAUCUUGUAGUCAGAUCUUAGGAUUGAAAGGACUGUUGACAUCAAUUAUAGCCUGUUGUUGAUGUCACUCUUUUUUUUAUAAUUUUUUUUAAAAGAUCGUGAAGCAUUUGCUGCCCUGGUACGUGAAGUGGCUUCUCCUGAUGUAGGAAGGAUGGGCAUUGAAAUCCUCAGCUUCACCAUCAAGGACAUUGAGGAUCAUGUUGAUUAUCUAGACUCAUUGGGUAAAACUCAGACAGCCAAAGUGAAGAGGGAUGCAGAUAUAGGAGUGGCUGAAUCAAACAGGGAUGCAGGAAUAAGAGUAUGUAUUUUACAAAUGAAAAUUCAACCUACAAGGCACAAAGACUGUUGAAGAUUUGUUUGUUUGCCCUUUUGCCAUGUUAUAAUUUGUUGUAUAUGUGUGUGUCAAUGCGAUCAUAUUUAACCCUUUUACUACCAGGGGUGAUCAACAAGGAAUUUCUCUUUAUUAUGUCCUUACAUUUUAAAGCAGAGAGGUAAUGAGAAGAAGGAAAAUUUUGCAUUGUGUGAGUAAAGAUCAAGCUCUCAGAACUAGAAUUAUAAGCAAGAUUUGGGAGAGGGUACACUGAAUUGAUUUUAAGAUUGUGGGAGUGAAAGUGUUUAGAAAUGGUUUGAUUAGCAAGUCUUGGAAGUACUUUUAAAUAUGUGGUUUGAUAUAAAUAAAUAAUAACUUAUAACUCUUUUGCACAAGGAUUAAUUCAUGGUUAAAUUGAAUGAUUUCUUGAGUUUACAAUCCAAAUGGCUUUAAUUUUCUGGUGACAACAAUCCAAAACUUUCUCAAAUAUAGAACUUUAAUGUAAAAUUGUUUAUUUUUUUAUCAGGAAGCAGAGUGCGAGAAAGAAAAGAUGGAUGUAGCUUACCAAGCCCAAACAAAUAUUGCAGACUCUUCAAGAGAAUUUCAGAUGCAGAAAGCUGCCUUUGACCAGGAAGUAAAUGCCAGAAAAGCUGAAGCAGAACUUUCCUACGAAUUGCAGGUAAAUUUAUACUUUUCUUACCUUUGCAUGUUCCAGUUGUUUAGUGAGUUAUCAGUUGCACCAAAAUAUUGUUGAUAAAAAGGCUGGGAUUGAUUAGAGGAAUGGAGGAAACAAGAUAGAAUCAUUAUUGUAUAUUCAUUGCCCAUAUAUCUCCUUAACUCCUGCGAGUGACUGGGACAGAAUUUCUCUUAACAAUAUGAAUGCAAUGUCAAGCAGUCAUGUGAUGAGAGUAAGGGAAAAUAUCAAUUAGGAGAUUGCUACAUUCCUUGAAAUAACAUUAUUAGAGUAGUAAGGCAAAUAGUCAGGAGAAUUAUUUGAGAGACCUUGGAAGUGAGAGGGUUGGGAUCACUCAGAGGGACCCACAAUUCAGAUUUGGAUUUUAUUGCACCAAUUGUAAAUGGGUCAAUUUUGAAACACUAGUUGAAAAUAUGAGUUAAAAUAAAAAAAGGAUCUGAGGUUAAAUUUUUUUUUUUUUUUUUAACUUUGUGUUGUAUCAAGGCUGCCAAGGAAAAGCAGAAGAUCCGAGCUGAAGAAAUUCAGAUUGAUGUUGUGGAGAGAAAGAAGCAAAUUGAAGUUGAAGAGAAGGAAGUGGCCAGAAAAGACAAAGAAUUAGUUGCUACUGUCAAACGACCAGCUGAAGCUGAGAGUUACAGAGUGGAAACAAUUGCACAAGGAAAAAGGUGCUCAUGUUAUUUAUUCAAAUGUAUUCUGUUUUGUUUUCUGAUAUUUUUAUGGUUUGAAUUUAUUGGAACUUUUGAGUUACAGGUCUCAUUACUGAUACAUCAGACAACCUUAUAGUUUUUGUAAUACUGGAAGAAAAUCCCUUAAAGGGAUACACUGGAUUUUCUAAGUGGUUUCAAGUGCUAAUGCUGUCUACCAAUCAAUUUUGUUGUAGGACACAGACUGUAUUUUCAGCGCAAGCAGAUGCAGAGAGGAUUAAGGUAACAAAACUUUUGUUAUGUUAAAAUGCUUACUCAUAAACUCAGAAUACCAUAAACGUGAAAAAAAAUUGUAGAAGCAAUGUGGUGAACCUGAACUGCAAACAGCAGUGGUAAUGAGCUUGCAGUUUUUUGGUUUGUUUGUUUUCCCUGAAUUUUUAUUGCAAUUAUACACAAUCAACCUUUUUGAAUGAAAUAAGAAAGUUUACAGUUUUCCGAGUCUUACAGGAAACUUGCUUUGCAUGUAAGCAAACUUGAUGGUCUUGCGGCACAAUCCUGUUUACAGUUUGUCCACACUAUUGGCUAAUGCUAAUGUCAAAUGACAAGCCCUUGUUCAUAUGCUCACAGAGAUGGCAAAAUGUUUGCCCUUCUAGAUAGUAUUUAUUUGAUAAAUUGCUAUGGAUUCAUGGAAAAAAUGUAGCAUUUAUUUUGUAACAUGAUGUAUCACAUUGGUGAUAUUUUGAUUGACAGAUGACAGGAAGCUCAGAAGCGUCUGCUAUUGAAGCUGUUGGUAAAGCUGAGGCAGAGGGUAUGAGACAAAAGGCUGCAGCAUACAAAAUGUAUGGAGAUGCUGCCUUAACUGCAUUGGUCUUGGAGGCUUUGCCAAAGGUAACACCAGCCCUCUUGUUCAUCAAAAGUAACUUGAUAUUCCUUCUUACUGUAAAUUUCUGGAAAAGCAUUGUGGGGUAACACCUAGUUUUUUUUUUUUUUUAUCAACAAUUAAUUCAAAGUGAAAAGUAGAUCAUGGUAGGUCAGAUAUAAUAUUAGAAUCAGUUGUUUCAGUGGUAACCCCUUAUGAUAACAAAUAAAGCAAAUAUCUUGGCUUUAAAAAAGGACGCUUUUAUUUGCAAGGUUAACUUUUUAACUUGUAUUUGUAAGUGUUAUUUACCCUUAAAUGUGUGCCAAAGCAGCAUUUCAGUUGCCCCAGGAACUACAUCUUUGUUUUCUUGUUACUUGACUCUGAUUUUUAGAAUAAAAUGCUGCUCAAAUAUUAUUUUUUCCUCUGAAAGAGACUCUGCUCCAAGUUUGACAUACCUAUGUUAGCUUUUAGGGAGAAGACAGGAGGGGGGGGGGCAUGCUGAGGUCAGUGUCUAUUUUGAAUUAAUAUGGCCACAGGAGGGCAAAGAGGAAGGUGUGGCUCAACUGUAUUGAAAGACAUCUAGGAUGAAAAAAAAAUUUAUUUUCACAUAGUUAUUUUUAUGUUGUGUUACAGGUUGCAGCAGAAGUUGCCGCUCCUCUGGCUAAAACCGACCAAAUUGUUCUUGUUGGUGACAGUGGUUCUGGAGUCACAGGUGAAGUGUCCAAACUUGUAAGUGAGCUCCCUCCUGCUGUUCAAGCUCUCACCGGAGUGGAUUUGAGUGGAGUAAGUAUCAUCAGCAACUGUAUUACAAACUCUGAAAUGGUCUUUACAUGCUUUUGAAAGGAAAUUCUUUAGAUUUAGAUGAUUUGGUUAGUUUGUUCCAACACCUGUAAUUUGGAACUGGUGAAAAGCAAACAAAUCCUGGCCCCUGGUUGUUCAAUGGGUGGAUAAUACUAUCCACCAGAUAAAUCUCUAACCAGUGGAUAGCCAAGUAUGUUUUGUUAACACUUAUCUAUUGGGUAGCAAUUUACCCCAGGGAUAGUGCUAUCCAGUCUUUGAACAACCAAGGCCAGGUCUGUGUCAGAGGGGACCAAAAAAAGGUGUUUGUGCAUUGAUGUUUAAAGUGUUCACUGCUAUAUUUGGUUUCUUAACAGUUAUUUAGGUUUGCAAUGUUCCAAUACUGCUUAGGAUUAGCCACUUGUAGUAUUAUUUAUUGAAUAAUUACUUGUUUUAAUAUUACUUUUGUUUUAAUUUUUUGCAGGUACUGAAGAAGAUUCCUGGUGCAAAAUAAAAUGUUUUGUACUUACCUAUUGCUUACUUUUAGAAUAGAAUAGUUCAUAAUUACAUAUAGUCUGGAUUUUAACACUUGUCAUACUCUUUCUUGCAAUAAAUCAGUUGAUUAACUGUUUAUUAUUAUUGUAAUGAAAAUGCUGGCAGCCUCAAGGGUUUGAAUCUAGUUUCAUUCUUCUUAGUUAAAGAGAGCGAAAUUUGUGCAUGAUGUUUGGUAGUUUUGUUAGCCACAUUCCUCAUUCAAUAAGCCCCUCACAUACCCAGCAUUGCUAAAAAAAUUCAAUUUUGUAUGCAUUUAUAAGCAUUUGGUGUAGCUACAGUGUAAUAACCGUCCAAAAGCAGUUUUGCAAGCAAUUGCAUGGUUUUUUAAUUUGUUCAUUGGGAGUAUAAAUUCCAUGUGCAGUGUACCCUAGCAUGCCAGUUUCUGGAGGCUUGUAAUCUCUUCAUUUAACAACCUGAUCUAGCCUCUUUAAAGUCUAAGACUUUGAUGAAAUGAAUCUAUGAAGGGAAGGUAUAUUUGACACAAAAUAAAACAAGUUUAUUGGUGUUUUAUAAUGUCUUAAUACACCAUAAGGAAUAGACGGUUAUUUAAGAGAAGUUUUUCUUCAUGUUGCUUGUGGCAUGUUUGCUCUCAGCAACAAAAAUUUAGAUGAUGUUGUUGGUAAUGUAUUACAAUUUUUAUUUCAGUUGUUAUCAGCAAAGUUUUUUGCAAAGUUGUAGUUCCAACCUGUGCUCACUAGUGAUGACAAUCACCCACAGAGGCAAUACCACUAAGUAGUGAUUUUGAUAUCUCUGCCAAUUCAUCAUUUUCUUUGUUAUCAUUACAGUUGCCUUUGUCAUUAUUAUCGUCAUAAUGUAGAUCAUUGGCAUCACCGUGGUUAUCUUUGCCUUAAUGAGCUUGUCUUUGUUUGACUUCUAGGAGAUGUUACCUAGACUGUUAUUGCAGUGAAGGAAGGAACAUGCUAAUUUGCUUACUUGUCCAUGUUGUUUCGUAAUGGGCAGCUUAACAUUUAGUUUUACUAUCGUAAACAAGUCUGUACCCUUGCAUGCAGCACAAAGCUGUAUUCCUAUAGAUAUAUCAUUUUAUGAACUAAAGCAAGAGGUAGUGCUUUUAACUAAUGCUGAAUUUUCAAAAUAAGCACUACCCCUUAAGCAUAGGUUCUUAUCUUAUCAGAACAUUUGAGCAAUGAUAAAUAAUUGUUGAACUAUUUAACUUAGCUUGUCAGUUUCAUGACGUAUACUAUUGUGGCAAGUAUUUUGGUGGAGCCAAAUAUAUUCACAUACUGUGUAUUAAAUAUUUUUGUUUGUGUGUGUGAUAUAUGACCAGUGGGAGGAAAUGCUGGGAUUUUACUUGCUACACUUGCUUAGAAUUUGUCUUGUGAUGAAAUGCACAAGAACAUCCAAACAAAUCAGUCCAGUCCAUUUUUUUCAGGUCUUAUUUCAACUACUAGUUCAAUAGUGUUCUUAGCUACAAGGAUCUUGUAUAUUUGUUUCUUCACCGCAGUGCACAUAUAUGAAUUUCAUAUAUCUAAAAUCAUUAUUCAUCACUUGGAUGAUGUAUUUGGACCCAACAUAUUGACCAGCUCCGAGUUGGCAUGUUAGGUCAGUUGGUAGAGCAGUGCACCAGUAUCGCAGAGGUCAUGGGUUCAAAUCCAGUAUGGACCCGAAUUUUUUUCAGGUCUUAUUUCAACUACUAGUUCAGUAGUAUUCUUAGCUGUGAGGAUCUCGUAUAUUUGUUACUUCACUGCAGUACACAUGUAUGAAUUUGAUAUAUCUAAAAUCAUUUUUCAUCACUUGGAUGGUUUAUUUAGACCCAACAUAUGGACCAGCUCCUAGUUGGUUUGUUAGCUCAGUUGGUAGAGCGCUGCACCGGUAUCACAGAGGUCAUGGGUUCAAAUCCUGUACAGGCCUUAAUUUUUUUCAAGUCUUAUUUCAGCUACUAGUUCAGUAGUGUUUGUAGGUGCGAGGAUCUCACAUUCAUUUCUUCACCGCCGUGCACACGUAUGAAUUUCAUAUAUCUAAAAUCAUUAUAAAUCAGUCCACAUUCUCUUUUUGACACCUUCCUUGCGCAUGGAACACUUUCACCCUUUUCUUUAUUGGGAAUUCUCCUUGCUGACUGUUAUACAAUUCUUGUGAUGUUAGUCAAGAGAGUUUGGUAUUGGAUUAACCAAUUGUCCUAGAAUUGAUCUUUGUCUUUAUUCCCAUCACUUGUAUGUUUUAUUUCACAUUAAUAUCUUGAGGAGAAAUUCUGUCUUGAUUGCCAAUGGUCAAUGGUUUAGUAAUGGGUUUCCUAUGCAGGUUGCUGAUCAACAGCACUCUCAAAGGCAAAAGUAGCAGAAACAUGGGGGACAGGGUGGGGACCUGCCUUCUUUUGUUUUGAAAUUAUUUACCUAAUGACUUUUUACCUUGGACAUUUUGUUAUUUUGUGCAGUUGAAAGAUGUUAUGCCACUUAAUUGUUCCUUUUGCUCUAUUUGAGAGGUGUAUGAUGUCACUUUGGCAGAUAGAUUUCAUCUCAUAAGUGUAGUGAAGAGUGGUUAUAAAGGGAAAAAAUGCUGUAGUUCUGAGAAGCAAAAAUAGUUAAAAGUACAUUUUUUCUUUGUGGCAAUGCUUUAUUAGCUUGGCAUGUUUUAGAACUAGAAGAUCUAAAUUAUGUACCAGUUUCAGUCUAUCUUUUCAUAAUGAAAAUACAUUAUAAAAUUUACAUAUUUACAUAUAAAAUUUACAUCUAAGAAAUUACCACAGCCACACUUAUUUGGGAAAAUGAAAAAAAAAAUGCUGUAAAUACCUAAAAAAAAUUAAAACUUCAUUUAGGCAGCAUUUCAGAUCCUUAGAUAAGUGAGAAUCAGUGUCAAUCUUUCAUGUCGACUUCUUGGACCUGCAAGCUUUCUGGGCUCCUGCUUUGAGAGCUAAACUUACUUUAAUUAUUAAUUACAAUGAUUUAAUAAAUUAAAGAAGUAAGGUAAGCAAGUUUGGACGACUUUGCACAAAGUGUUCUUUCGCAAAUGGAUUUGGUAUAGAUGAAUUGAAUGUGGAGUUAUCCUACAUUUUGUAUUCUGGUGUCCCCUAUGAGUAUCUAAAGGGAGUGAAAUAGUUUUAAAGAGGAGAGAGAAGAGUAGCCUGGCAUCACACUUAUGGUGAAAAGAAUGCUGUACACCUCUAAUGCUGGUGUAACUCAGGACUUGAGUUAAACACCUCUAUAAUAGUUCAGUUUCCUCAAGAAGAGGGAACUAUGUUUUAAUAAAGAGGCUCUACAACACAAAGGUUAAUAACAAGCUGCUGUGUGGAAAAUGAUCCCAUGCUUCUUUUCUUAGAUUCAAAGAACAGUCUCUGACACAGUGAAAAUCAAGCCUAAUAUUACACACAGAGUUAAAGCAUCUUUUAAUAGUUAAACUUAUAGCCAGCCAAGCCAACUGCAAGAAUGCAUAAACUGAGAAAGAUUUUCUAGUUAUCUUGGAUAGUUUGGAUAUGAUUGUGGUUGAAAUUGCUGUUGCUGCAUUUGAAGCUGUUGUAGUUGUUGUUGUUGUUGUUGUAUCUGUUGUUGCUGUUGCAUCAUCUGUUGCUGUUGCUGACUCUCACCCCCCAGAUCUAUUGAAAAGCAAAUGCAAUUGA